AUGACCUUGCACAAUAACAAUACAACCUCACCCUUGUUUCUGAACAUCAGCUCUUCCUGGAUUCACGGCCCUUCGGAUACAGGGCUGCCCCCAGGAACGGUUACUCAUUUUGGCAGCUACAACAUUUCUCGGGCAGCUGGGAAUCUCUCCUCUGCAAACGGCACCACCAGUGACCCUCUGGGAGGUCAUACCAUCUGGCAGGUGGUCUUCAUUGCAUUCUUAACAGGCGUCCUGGCCUUGGUGACCAUCAUUGGCAACAUCCUGGUGAUCGUGGCAUUCAAGGUCAACAAGCAGCUGAAGACAGUCAACAAUUACUUCCUCUUGAGCCUGGCCUGUGCUGACCUGAUCAUCGGGGUCAUUUCAAUGAAUCUGUUUACUACCUACAUCAUCAUGAACCGGUGGGCGUUGGGGAACCUGGCCUGUGACCUCUGGCUGUCUAUUGACUAUGUGGCCAGCAAUGCCUCCGUCAUGAACCUUCUGGUCAUCAGCUUUGACAGAUACUUUUCCAUCACGAGGCCGCUCACGUACCGAGCCAAACGGACAACAAAGCGAGCCGGUGUGAUGAUAGGUCUGGCUUGGGUCAUCUCCUUCAUCCUUUGGGCUCCUGCCAUCUUGUUCUGGCAAUACUUUGUUGGGAAGAGGACUGUGCCUCCAGGGGAAUGUUUCAUCCAGUUCCUCAGUGAGCCCACCAUCACCUUUGGUACGGCCAUCGCUGCCUUUUAUAUGCCUGUCACCAUCAUGACUAUUUUAUACUGGAGGAUCUAUAAGGAAACUGAAAAACGUACCAAAGAACUUGCUGGGCUGCAGGCCUCUGGAACAGAGGCCGAGGCAGAGAACUUUGUCCACCCCACGGGCAGUUCUCGAAGCUGCAGCAGCUAUGAGCUCCAGCAGCAGAGCAUGAAACGCUCAGCCAGGAGGAAGUACGGACGCUGCCACUUCUGGUUCUCAACCAAGAGCUGGAAGCCAAGCGCCGAGCAGAUGGAUCAAGACCACAGCAGCAGCGACAGCUGGAAUAACAACGAUGCUGCUGCCUCUCUGGAGAACUCUGCCUCCUCCGACGAGGAGGACAUUGGCUCAGAGACCAGAGCCAUCUACUCCAUCGUGCUCAAGCUCCCAGGUCACAGCACCAUCCUCAACUCCACCAAACUACCCUCAUCCGACAACCUGCAGGUGCCGGAGGAGGAGCUGGGGACAGUGGGCUUGGAGAAGAAAACCAGCAAGCUUCAGGCCCAGCAGAGCAUGGAUGAUGGAGGCAGCUUUCAGAAAAGCUUCUCCAAGCUUCCCAUCCAGUUAGAGUCUGCCGUGGACACAGCCAAGGCCUCUGAUGUCAACUCCUCGGUGGGUAAGACCACGGCCACUCUACCUCUGUCCUUCAAGGAAGCUACGCUGGCCAAGAGGUUUGCUCUGAAGACCAGAAGCCAAAUCACUAAGCGAAAACGGAUGUCCCUCAUCAAGGAGAAGAAAGCAGCCCAGACCCUCAGCGCCAUCCUGCUUGCCUUCAUCAUCACCUGGACCCCCUACAAUAUCAUGGUUCUGGUGAACACCUUUUGUGACAGCUGCAUCCCCAAAACCUAUUGGAAUCUGGGCUACUGGCUGUGCUACAUCAACAGCACCGUGAACCCCGUGUGCUAUGCCCUGUGCAACAAAACUUUCAGAAACACUUUCAAGAUGCUGCUGUUGUGUCAGUGUGACAAGAGGAAGAGACGCAAGCAGCAGUACCAGCAGAGACAGUCGGUCAUUUUCCACAAGCGGGUGCCUGAGCAGGCCUUGUAG